UCGCCGUGUUGUGUUGCUGUGUUGUGUCACGGUUUAAAGUUUUCCACAAAUUAAUGCACUUCAGCAGAAUCAGAGAAAAAUUUGGUCUAGCUGGAUUUUGGAAUUCUUAAAUAAUGUUAGUCAUACCAGGUCGUUUUAACUUGCUUCGACACCAAUAUUAAGGAGUUAUGUCUUAGUUGGGUUAACAUCUGCUGUUGCUGAAAUUUCUUCAUAAGAGACAUUAUUUGCUAUUUUGCUGAUGUGUCAACGAACAUUUUGAGAUGUUGAUCGAUGACACGCUGGUGUUGAAGUCGUGAAUAUGCCGUUUAUGUGAUGGCAACCUUGUCUCAUUCUUCUGAACCCAGAGGGGACUGGAGUUUUUGCAAAUAUUGUUCAAAUGUGAAAUUCAAAGUCCUCCAGGACUUAACUCGACAUUUACGAGAAAAGCACUGUACGAGAGAGGGAGGUUCCUAUGUGUGUCGAUAUGGACACAAUGGUGUAUGUUCAUCUCUUCCUGUUGAUGGAGUGAGUGAUGUCGACUACGAAGAUCAUGUGCUGCGACAUCAUGUUGGAGUCACUGGCUUACCUGCUCUAGUUACUAAUGGAAGUAAUCAGAUCAGUCAGCUGGAAGUGCAUAAGAUGUCGGGGAACUUAAGUCGAAGAGUCAGUUACAGUGAUGCACCGCUUUUAGCGACUGAAGGAAGUAAAUGGACUGUAUACUCUGGCUCUCAAAACUUACCAGCUGUUCUAAAUGACCCAAACAGGGGCAAGCAGAAAGAUUUUUUCACUAAACUGUGGGGUGAUAGUUUUGUUGAAAGGACUGACAUUCAACCUUCACCUUAUUUACCGGAAAUAACAGCAGCGCAUUUUGAAUCAUAUCUUCGAAAAAUUGGAAAGAGAUACAAAAAACAUGAACGUAUGAAAGUAAGUGCUCCUCAACCUGAGAACUUCCAGCUGCUUCACUCAUUUCCUAAUUUAAGGGUUCCUCCCCUCCGCUCAACAGAUAAAUUGAAAAUUGAGGUUGAUGCUAUUCCCAAAAUUUUUUUGCAAUCCAAUUUUAGCCUUAGUGACCCUGAGACUUUUAAUGCAGUGUACCAUGCAUCUGCAGACAAUGCCUCUGCAUCAGUAUCUAGUGUGUCAUCUGGAAAAUUACUACAAGAGCAGUUAAGUCAUUACUUGGAUAUGGUUGAAGUACAAAUAGCCCAUCAGGUAGCACAUAAAUCUGAUGCCUUCUUCUUGGCUAUGAGGUCACAUGAUGCCCUCAUGGAACAAAUGACAGAAACCAUUUCUGUGGUUAAAUCAUUGCGAGGCAGUGUAAAAGUAUUAGAUGAAACACUUGUUCAAGAUUCUUUGAAAAUUCUCAAACUCAAGAGAGCUCGGUCCAAUUAUGUACGGGUCUAUCAAAAGCUUAAGCUUAUGGCAAGUGUGAGAGAGACUCAGCCCAUGAUUCAGUUAUUGCUAUCAACUCCUGACUAUGUUGCUGCUCUUGAUCUUAUUCAAACUUCUCAAGAGAUGUUGAAGCAGGAGCUGCCGGGUAUUUUGAGCUUUCGACAUUUGGGCUCCCAAUUAAAUGAGAUGGGUCGUUUGAUUGACAAGAUGCUUAGUGCUGAAUUUGAACGUUAUGCUACAGCUGACUUGAACCGUCCCUUGGAUGGUGAGCAGGGUGUUCUUGAAGGAGACAAAUUGGUGUCAAUCAUACUUGGGCUUCUGAGGCAGAAGCACUUCAACUUCAUUGAUACAUACAAGUCGGAAGCAUUCACAACUAUUCGUGCUGUUGUAAAACAGCUGGUCAUUGAAGUGGUUGCAGCAAGUGAUGGGAUUUCAAAUGAUGCGGACUUGUCCCUGGGAGAUCAGAUGCAAGCUCUUUCUGUCUCAGAAUGGUUUAAUCUUAUUCAGCGAGCCACAGAUACAUUGAUGAAUUUGGUACUCCAUGUUAAGGCUGUCUAUGAUGUUAUGAGAGAUGCAGCAGAUGUUAGUGCUGGAGUCACAUCCCAAAAAUCAGGAGAGGCGUCUAGUGGUCAAGUUUCUGUGUGUGAGCCUCCAGAUAUUUUUUUGUCACCUGAAGAACAUGAACGUGUUUGUGGCAAACUUGAAGAAAUGCUGGGAGCUGUUUGUGAUUCAGUUCAUGAAAGAUGUGCUCAGUUACUCUGUGCUCAGCCCUCUAGCACACAGUCUGCAUCAUCCCGGGACUCAUCAUCUACAUCAGCUGUAUCGCACAAUACUAGUACUGUCAAUGGAAAUGCAAGCAGCAGUGCCAAUAGCUCCAACCCAACAGCUGGGUGGUUGGUAGAGAGAGCUUCUCCUUCACAAGUCUGUACUCUAAACAGGCUAGUGGAGAAUUUUUGUGAACGUUGCCACCAAAUAUCGGGUAGGCAGAGCACUGCCCUGCGUUCUGCUUUCAAAAUGCAGGCAAGCAAAUUUGUAGUUAGAUUUAACCAAGAGAGACGAAAUAAGUUAAGUCUCAUUCUUGAUAGUGAACGAUGGCGCCAGGCAGAUGUCCCUGCUGAAUUUCAGGCUCUUGUUGGUCGUAUACAUUCUACAGGAAUAUUUGGGACAUCUCGCCCUGAAAGCAAAGCUGAUGAAGGUGACUCUGAGCAGCCAAGCUCUGAUUUACUUCAAGUUGGAAAUGAGUCGUUUGCUGUUGUAGGAACUGUGUUGCUAAUGGUCAAAAUGACAGCCGAUUAUUGCAGUUGUGCGUCUGCUCUUCCAGUUUGCGCUUCUGCUCUUGCUCGCUCAGUCGCAGAGCUGUUGAUGCAUUUUAACUCUCGCUGUUGUCAAUUAGUUCUUGGAGCAGGGGCAAUUCAAAGUGCAGGUUUAGAUACAAUUACGACAACCAAUCUUGCAUUGGCAUCUCGAGCACUGCAAUUACUUUUAUGGCUCACUCCACAUGUCCGCGUUCACUUUAUGGGAUUACUUUCAACUAAUGGUGGGAGUGCAGUGGGAAAUCCUCUGGUGCGCGCUAGCCCUAGCAAUCCUCUUGUUCAGCUAGACACAGUAGAAAGAGAUGUAGCCAGCCAUGUUCAAGAAAUAGAAUCUAAGAUUCUUACAAUUGUGUCUUCAUUACUUAGUGUCCAACUGGAUCGAUGGGAAGUAAAGCCCCCUGUACCCAGCCAACCUUUCAGGAAUAUAUCGAGGCAUUUAACAAAGCUGCACAAAGCGGUUGCAAACAUCAUGCCUCAGGAGCAAGUUCAGCGCUUGUAUCGUGGAAUGCAUCGCAACUUCAAAGACCGUGUGUGGGAUCAUCUUGCCAGGAUUGGUGUUGUCAAUAAUGGAGGCCCCCAACAUGGAGUGGUCACAGCAGAACUAACAUUUUACUUGGAAACUUUGCGGUCAUUGAAAGUACUUCCAGCAGAAGAAUUAGGAGAUCAAACUUUGCAAGAAGUGUGGAGGUGACAACUUAAGUGAUAGUUUCUUGAGAUAACAUGGUAGUAUUUGUGAGGAAAAUAUUAUUUGCCAUAAGACUGAAAAUGUCUAAAUAUUUAGUGUAUUUUGUCAGUUUUUCUUUGGAGUUGUUUCCCUCAUUGGAUGUGCAGUGCACUCCUCUCAGCCAACUCUUUGCCUUUGCCUCAAUAAUGCAAGAGAUCACUAAAUAUUGUUUCUGUAAAGUUUCUCUUUUAUGUUUGUUAUGCAUGAUGCAUUUCUAUUGUCUAGUCAUCAUUGGUUUGUUAUGUUGUCAUACCACGUGUGUCAGAGUCUGUGCACUCCUACCAGCAUUGUUGGCAUUCUUGAUAGAGAUCUGCUGCCCAUUUUAUGCAUCAAUCUCAUACUGAUUGGUUAUUUUGUUUUGCUUUUAUAAAUGAUUAAUAUAAAGUGUUUUUCUAUUAUUAAAUGUUUUUCUAAUGUUAAAAACUCUUUGGUCACUUAUUUGGGAUGAGAAAUGAGGACAGGCUAGGUCUAAUUUUCAUAUUCCACUAUGUUUUGAUUUUGUAUUUUCCAAUACUGCUGUCUUGUUCAGCUUUUUGAAAUCAAAUUUUUUAAGAGGUUGUAUGUUACUAUGUACAUCCUGGAUUGUCUAUGUCAAUAUUGUUAUCAAUUUGGAGAUCGUGAGGAAACAAUAUGAACUAACCAUUGCUGGGACCAAUUUAUCUCCUCUCUUUGUUUUUGUAUCCCCUGUGACCAUCAUGCUGUGACACUGAAUCUAGUAAACUCAAUCAAUCUUACUACAGGAUAAUCAUUGGUUUACUCCAUGUGUCAAUUAAAAUAUCAAGUCCUUAAAUAAACAGCAGUAUUAUAUUUUAA